CACACACACUCAGCAACAUACUCCACUCUUUCAGUUCUUAGCAGCCCGAGGGACGCACACACCCCGACACAGACACCAAAACCACAACUAAACCAGACCGAACCACCCGGAGAAGCUCUGAACUACACCACAGGUUGCUGUCCAGGAUGGCGGGGAUGAAGGAGCAGCAGUUCACAGAGGAGAAGCCCCUGCUGCCGGAGCAGAGAGGACUGGACUCAGACUUGCAGGAUAAAGGAGAGGAGGCGUCAGGGGGGCCGGCCAGCCCUGCCAGCCCUGCCAGCCCUGCCCCUCUUAACAACCCCCCUCCCCCCAGCCGCCCCACUCACCGCUGGCAUGUCAUCGCACGGCACUGGCUCCGCCAGACCCGCCGUCGGACCAGCGGGGUCCUCCCGGAGAGCUGUGAGCAGCUGAUGCCAGCAGGGGAUUGGAAGGAACACGAUAUUGAGACCCCUUAUGGGAUGCUGCAUGUGGUGAUCCGUGGGGCGCCAAAAGGAAACAAGCCCGCCAUCCUCACCUACCACGAUGUGGGACUGAAUCACAAGCUGUGCUUCAACACUUUCUUCAAUAAUGAGGACAUGCAGGAGAUCACCAAGCACUUUGUGGUUUGCCACGUCGAUGCCCCGGGACAGCAGAUUGGAGCAUCACAGUUGCCACAAGGGUAUCAGUACCCUACCAUGGACCAGUUGGCUGGGAUGCUGCCCACUGUGGUGCAGCACUUCGGAUUCAAGAGCAUCGUUGGGAUUGGAGUUGGAGCUGGAGCUUAUGUUCUGGCCAAGUUAGCUUUGAUCUUCCCUGACAUGGUGGAGGGCUUGGUUCUGCUCAACAUCGACCCCAAUGGCAAAGGCUGGAUUGACUGGGCUGCCACCAAGCUGUCAGGUCUGACCAGCGCCCUGCCAGAUACUGUGCUGCCACAUCUUUUCAGCCAGGAGGAACUGAUGAACAACACGGAGCUGGUGCAGAGCUACCGGCAACAGAUCAACAACACUGUCAACCAGUUCAACCUGCAACUUUUCUGGAACAUGUACAACAGUCGGAGGGACCUAGAGAUGAACCGCAGUGGGACAGUGCUCAAUGCCAAGACCCUGAAGUGUCCUGUGAUGCUGGUUGUGGGAGACAACGCCCCUGCUGAGGAGGGAGUGGUCGAGUGCAACUCCAAACUGGACCCAACCAAUACCACCUUCCUAAAGAUGGCUGACUCUGGUGGACUCCCCCAACUCACACAGCCUGGAAAGUUGACUGAAGCCUUCAAGUACUUCCUGCAGGGAAUGGGCUACAUCGCUUAUGUGAAGGAUCGGAGGUUGAGUGGAGGGCCAGUGCCCUCUGCCAGCAUGACCCGCCUGGCUCGCUCCAGGACGGCCUCCCUGACCAGCGCAAGCUCCAUGGAUGGGUCCCGCUCUCGGGCCUGCACCCACUCCGACAGCACCGAGGGAGUCGGCACGGUCACCCACACCAUGGAGGUGUCUUGCUAAAGAUCCAUGGAGAGAGGGAGAGAGGGGUUGGAGGGACAGAGAGAGAAACAGGAAGGGAGAGACAGGGGUAAUGGUGCGAGGAAAACUGGAAAACAAAAGUAAAGGUUUGAAGGUGAGAGAGGUAGUCAGACAUGAUAGAGGGUGGAACGAGACAACAAAAGAAAAGAAAGUUCAUGGAACUCUCUGUCUUCAUCUAUCUCCUCCAGAUCCCUUUUGUCUGCCAUCUUUUCCCCUCCUCCACUGUAAAAUACCAUAUGUAUUGCUACUAAAAACCCCCAGCCACACCUUCAUAUAUCCACCUCAACCCCACCCAUGUCACCCAGCACUUAAAGAUUUAGGCAACUGUUUUUGUUCUUGAAGUGUCAUACUUGUGUUUGCUAAGUGUCUCCUCAUUCUUUGCCUGUGCCCUUUUUAAACCACCUAAACCACUUCCCCCACCCCCCCACAAAAAAGAGAAAAUAACUGUCAACAAUCCACAUGGCAAUAUGUGAUCAAGAGCUGCCGUUAAUAAUCUGAUAUGAGAAGGUGGAGGUACAGGAUAUGGGAAGGAAAACUUUUAGGGGGUGCCAUAAUGAAAAAGUGUUAUGCAUCAGUAUUUUGCAAGCAGGUUAUUAUUUUGUUGUGUGAGUAUCUCUCUCUGUGUUGUUUGUAAGGUAAAAUUAUUUCUCUCCAUGAGUGACAGGCAAGCGCCUGAUGGGGUGUGUCCAGAAUUUGACAGACAGCAGAGCACGGCCAAUUGUAGCUGAGUGCACCUGUAGUGCUUAGAGAGGAUGUUAGCUUUUUUAGACUUAAGAGCAUAGCUAGAGUACAACACACUGAUUUAAAGCUGCACUUUGUAAGUUUUGUAUCAAACUACACUUAGGAUGCAAGAGAGUGAUAUCAUCAGCAUACAUGCAUUCAGGAGUGUACCCACUUCGUCACAAUACUAUUGUGGGAAUACUGCUAGGAGCUGGUGUAGUACAAAUGGAGAGGUGGGCCUGCUCUUUAUAGAUGGACCUAUAUUAACAUCAUAAAAAAUGACUUUGUAUUGGCACGUGAGCAUCAACAGAUUUUUCAUUUAAGUUUUUAAUAUCUGAGACACUACCAGUCAAAGUUUAUAAGGUCUUAUCACCUCCUGACAGGAAAUUAAACUGCAGACCACCUGCAGUAAAACCUAGCCACUACACCACCAGGGAGCUUAGCUUAUACAAAUGUGCAGCUUCACCAAUUUUUAUUGUUUUUAGCACAAUAAUGUUUACAUAAUAUGGCCAAAGUAUAAUCAAACCUGUGUUUGGAUAUCAGUCUGUGGAAUAUAGACAAUCUGUGAUUUGUGAGCCACUGGAGUCCAUUUAGUGUUUGGCAUCAAAUUAGCAUAAAAUGAUUAAUAUACUAUAAAUAUACAAUCUUAUGUCGCCUAUGUAGCAGCAAAGUUACUAUGAAGCACUUGAUUGGCAUGCAGAAAACUGGUGGAGGUGGAACUUUAAUUAAACUUGUAUUUUCAGACUUGAAUCACUCACCCAUAUUCACUUUCUGUGAAUUAUGCAUUUCAUUUAUGACUGUAUGUGGCAUGUAAAUUCAAAAUAUGCCUAAUAAUAGAAUAUAUAGUAUCUGUAUGACUUGCUAAAGGAGAGUGCAACAUAGAAAGGUACUCUAUUCACAGCAAUAGAGACUGUGCAGAUUCUCCAAGUUUAAUCACUUGUUAUGUUCGGCCACAGCCAUGUUUGGUCACUUCUUCAUCAAUCAAGAGAUGAAACCAAACCUUUGAAGCUCUAAUGGAGAAUCUCAGACAGGCUGAGCAGUUUACCGAAAUCACAUCACAUGAUUUUGGGGUCUUCAAAUUUCUUCCUAUUACUGCCAUUUGGAACCAUUAGAGCAACAUUGCUGAGUGCAGCUUUAAGCUGUGUGUCAUCUUACAUUUCCAAGAUAAUCCACUACAUGAAUAUAGGCUACAAGAAGUAUUUAUUAACAUGUAUAUGCAUGUGAAUGUGACAGUAAUAUUAGGGCAUUCUAGUAUCUGAGUAGUGUCUAGUAUUAGGGAAUUCUUCAUUGGCACCUUAAAUGUGGCUAGUUAAAUAGAGCCAUGAAUGCAACCGCAAUCAUCAGUCUGUAACUCCAGUGCAUAGACAUGGUUCUGGCCGUAGUCGGCUCUUUGUGGUCUCUAACGUGACAAUCACACUCUGACCCAAACCAAACCAGACCAGGGUGACCGAGGCAGGACCAGGCCGACGCAACUCUGGCUCUAUUUGCCGGGUCGCUACCAGAGAACUCGCGGCUGCGUUCCCUUACAACACCCAGCCCCUCUCUGAGGAUGUACCAAAGCUACACACACACAUAUAUCCACAACUGCAUACACUUUGACAUGCACACACACAUUUUCACACGCAUUUCAUAUGAAAGCUGUGUGGGCUGGGUGCUGUAAAGGAACAAAGGAAUCCAUUGCUACAGUAUGUGGUCAGUGUGUGUUUUGAUGUGCUGUGUAACCAUAAUCUCAUCAGUAUAGUACGUGUAUGUAAUUAGAGCUUUAGACUAGAGAAGCUGUGUGCUGUUGUCUGCUAUAAUCCUGGACCACCUAGUUAACAGAGAUCAUUGAUUGGGGUCCUCUGGUUUUUGGCUUAGUAAUGUACAGUAUUCAUGUAUCAUAGUCACCUCCUGUCUCCAGUUUUACAAAAACCCUUUGGUCCCCUGUCAGAAGGGGCGUAGCUUCCAAUCGCUGAGGUGUGCGCUUCCCUGAGGUGGCCUGUAAGAGGCGGGGCUUUUUUGGAGCCAUUUGGGCGCCAAGCUCGGAAUGUAGGGCAACCCCCAGCCACCUUAAAAAAUUACCCCCUCUCCCUAAAAAAAUCACAAUGUGCCCCGGCUCUCACAGGCAAACCCAGUCGCACCCUAAAGGGCUAUCAGCUGAAGUCACUUUUUAAAAUGUUGCUAGUGUUAGUUGUGUUUCUGAGCACCAGAGGGCCCUACAGAGCAACAGCAUGACAGAGAAUAAGCUAUGACUGGUUUUCUUUUUCAUGCAAGGAAAAACGUAGAAAGAUUUUGGCCUGAAAAAUAGUGAAUGAAUGUUUAUGGAAAAAGAAUGUCAUUUUGUUUAAGCUGGAGAGAUUAAUUGUUGAAUUGUUUGAACUAUCCAAUUAGCAUAAUAGUUUGAAAAGAAAAUCCUGACAUGUGGAAAGGAGAGAUUAUGAGAGGAUAUUGGACAGUCAGAACAAACACCUCAGUCACUCCUCACAGAACCUCAUCCAUGAAUUAAAUGAGUUUGUAUACAAUCAUCUUUCAGUGUGUUUUUAUUCUUCACUGCACUAGUUUCUGCCUUCUACACUUUGUUUUCCGCCUACACAACUUCUACCCAAACUGCCUGGGGGGGCUCCUGAAUGUAUUUUGUCCCUUUUUUGAAGUGCUGUACAGUAUUGUCAACCUAUGCCUCAUCCUCGCAGAACCCCCUCACUUCUGUCCCUGGCCCCACAUCUUCACUCUGUACAUGAAAACACAGCCCCUUCCUGCUCCCUUUUCAAGGCUUAUAAAUAGUGAAGUUCGGUAGCGAUUUGUUAAAGUCGACAGCUCCUAUAAGCUGGCACUGGAUCAGUUUGGUUGUAUAGACCUUGGUCCUCCUUGCACUUGUAGAUACUUUUUAUUUAUAGAGCAGGUUACCCAAACCAAACACUAACACUACUGUAUUGUGAAAAAUCUUUGACAUAUUUCUGUUCCUCUUCCCUUGGAGUUUCUCUUUUUUAUAGGCAACAAUAGGGUGUAACCUCAUCUUGGUAUAAUGAUAUUGGUUCAUGUGUACUACUACUAUUCUUCUUCUUAACUGCCAUUAUGAUUGAUUUGUAUUGAGCAAUAAGUUCUUUUUUUCUUGUUUGGAUUGUUUCAUAUUGUGGGAGUCUUCCCUAUGAGCUUGUUUCUAUUCACAACAGUAGAUGGACUCUUACCUGCUUUGUUGUCAUUCAAAUGUGUACUGUAAAGUUGAAAUAUAUUAUAUAUAAAUACAUAUACAAAGUAAGCUGUCUCUGUCCAUGUACUGAUCAAGUAACAAGUGAGAAAUAAAGACUUUAUGUCAGAAUUUGAAAA